AUGGUAAAUCCAAACAAAGAUAAAAAUAUUCGUUUGGAAAGACACAGCGCAGGUAAGAGACCUGCCUAUGGUGACACAAGCGUCCGCGCAGGAACGGGGAAAUACAACUGGGGAAACACAACGACAGAUGUUGUAGUUACAAACUCCAACCUCAUAGACGAAAAAGAUCCUAUGUAUGACAGCGAAUUGGAAAAAAUUAGUAAAGCGGGAAAAAAAUAA